CUCAAGACGGCCGCACACGGGUUGGCAGCUCCUAACAGCCCUGGGGUCAAAAGCAGAACACCUUAGCAGAGCCGCGGGUCUUCUGAAAACCACGCCCUCCUGGAUCAUGCCUGCCCUGCCUGGCCACAGAUUUCUCUAAAGGUAGACCAAGGUCAAAAGCCUGACACUUACUCUCCAGUGGAAGAAACGAAGAGGAGACUCUUGCUGAGAUAACCCCAACUGUAGUCUCUUGAGAAACCAAAUCACCUCACAACCACAUAAAAUGGCUGCUUCUCCAGAAGAAACGACAGGAGCAGGACUGCCAUUGCCAAUUUGUGUGAAAUUGGAGGCCCAGUGCCAAGCAGACAACAGAGCAAGGGGAGAUGGGAAAGCCCCUUGCAUGAUCCAGUCUGCAGGCACUGAGGGGGUAUCAAGAGGGGCACCUGUGCCAAGGGUGAAGCAGGAGCAGGCUGAGGGACUGUUUCCCAGCUGGGAUUGCCAGUGGCAGCGGGUGCUGGAGGUGGUGCAGACUCCUGUGAUUGCCCCAGUAUGGGACAAUUUACAGUUGCCCCCUCUCCCUCAAGCAGGCAGCACUGAGGCCUAUCUGACCACUUUUGAGCGGGUGGCAGAUGCUUCCCAGUGGCCUAGGGAAGAGUGGGUGGCUCGGCUCAUGCCUGUUCUCAGUGGGCAAGCCCAACAAGCGUAUUUUAGCCUGGAUCCAAAAGACAAGGGUGACUAUGGGAAGGUAAAGGUAGCCAUUUUGAGGCUGGACAACUACAUGGCCACAGAGACGCACCGCCAAGGUUUCAGGCAUUUCUGUUACCAGGAUGCUGAGGGCCCACGAGGGACGUGCCAGAAACUCCAGGAGCUUUGCCAUCGUUGGUUGAGGCCUGAAGGUCAGACCAAGGAGCAGAUCUUGGAUCUGUUGGUCUUAGAGCAGUUCCUUGUCAUUCUGCCACAAGAAAUGCAAAGCUGGAUUAGAGAACGUGGGCCGGAGACUUGUGACCGAGCGGUGGCCCUGGCUGAGGAGUUUUUGCAGGAGCAGCAGGUGACUGAGAGAUGGGAACAACAGAUAACCGUGCCUGUUGAGAUGGUGAUCAUAAACUCCCCUAUCAUAGAUCAGGCUCUGUCUGAUACAACGCAGAGACAUCCUCCCAAGGAGACCAGCCAAGCUGACAAUAAGGAUGACGGCUCUGAGAGUAGCAGCUUUGCAAGCAGAAUCGGGGCCAAGGAGGUACACCAGGGAGAGUCCGAGGCAGAUGAUCCAGGAAGGAGACCUCAAGGAGGAUUUCGAGAGGGUGCCUUCCAGAGGGCUGACCCUAAAAGAACGUACGUGAGUGAGCUGAGCCUGGGAAGACCGCAGAAGAGCUGUCUCUCAGUCGGAGUGCUGAAGGACAAAGACCUCGAUGGGGUCCUUGCUGACCCGGAACUCAAACGGCACUUGUGUAAGGAGUGUGGGAAAAGGUUCCGCAAGAAGUGGGACCUCAUUAGACAUGAAAGGAUCCACACAGGCGAGAAGCCCUACCAGUGCCCAGAAUGUGGGAAUAGCUUCAACCGGAAUGCAACCCUCACAAAACACCUCCUCAUUCAUUCGGGAGAGAAACCCCACCAGUGCGCUUACUGUGGGAAGAGGUUCACACGGCGUUCACAUGUGGUGAACCACCAGAGACGCCACUCAUGCCAAGGAAGGUCUUGAUGAAGCAUCCUGCGAGACUAGUCCAUAUGACAGAAGGGAGUAUGUGGAAGCAUUUUUAACCUGCAGCUCAGAAGAUGGGAACAGCUGCGUGUGGUGUUGGGAAUAUCGGCUAACCUGUUUGAGUGACUUUGGGAUGUUCUCCUCUUCACAAGCAUCUCAUGAGCCAAGGACAAACCAUCCCUUUGAAGGGUCUCUGCUUCAAUCAGGGUGGGGAAAAGAAUUCUUAUCUGCUUCUGGCAAGAGGCUGAGGGGGGGACAAAUGUGAUCCAAGCAGCAUGUGCCAGUGUAGGUGAAAUGCCAUCUUUUAAUGCGUUGCUGAAGUAAUAAGCACAGCCUAACUAAUGUUGCUGGAAGGACGGGGGACUAAGACCUUUUGAAUAGGCUGCUUAUUUUAAUGCCAGAUGACCCUUGCUGAGCAAGGUCAUCUCUUUGAUGUGUAUGCCUGGUUGCCUAAAUGGGGCAGGAGAUGCAACAGGUCGCCACAAUAACUGUGGUUGUUUGCUGAAAUCUUAAUAGCACUUUGACCUUGUACUGCACUGGCAGAAGUAAUGCUUUUGCUACCUUGCAGUAUCGGUGACUGAAAUUAGCUAUUCAUGCUGUGUGAGGUUUUUGAGAGUGAAAUAUGCUACAGGAACAAAGAAGUAGGAGCAAAUCUGACCCUAGCUGCCUCUGGGGACGGUUUGUAACACUGCACCAGGACCAGGACAAACCAGGUGCCGCCCAUUUCAGCUUGAAAUCACUCCAGGGCAGUCUUUGCAGUAAGGUUUGCUGGCCUGUUUGCGCAGCUUCAUGUGCAGAAACAGACGUGGUGCUUUCAAUAUUGUGGCAUGGAGAGUAAUGUUAUCACCUGCUGGUCUUGUGUCUAGGAGGCAGUAAGGGAUGGUGCAGCUGAUGGGACUGGUUGAAAAACUGGUGAUCUGAGUCAGAGGAAUGGGGUAGGGAAACCAGAACCAUGUUAGUCUCACUCUUUUAAUUACAGCUGGUGUGCUGUUCUGUGAACAUAUGCCAAGGAUCCCUGGCAUUGGUUUCGCUGGCUGGGAGCAUGCCCUUGCUGUUGCUAAGUUAAGACUGUAUUGCCCUCAGCUGUGCCAGCAGCAAUCACAUCAUUACAAAGCUAAAGCGCUUUAAGACAGAAAGUCCACUUGGCUGUUGAGGUGUUUCUGUGUUAAAAGGGUUACUUAAAAAAAACAGUCGGUUCUA